ACCGUGCCUGCGCGUUGAUUGAUCUCUGAGGUGUUUAAGCAUUUGUAACAUAUAAACAAAGCGACGAAGUGUAUUUAACCAUAAUUUUACCUGGCGAAACAAGCACGUACAUGUUAAAAACGAUGAACUCCCUCCGUGUGGCUUGUGUUUUGGCGAUUUGCGUGACAUGCAGCCAUGCAAUAGGAGAAAAGAUUUACCUUAAAGCUGCCGAUCACGCCUACUUCGCCUUGAGUACCAUAACUGGUAAGUUUGUGGGACAAACUCGAACUCCCGAACCUGGCUAUAGCGUCAUUAGCAUGGACCAUUUCAAGGCUUUGCUAAAGCACUUCUCUGGUACCAGUAACAUACAAUCUGCUCACCGACUUGUUUCUCCGAACCUCAAUACUCCCCAAAUGGCGGAACCACAAGUUCGUGGUGGCAACCUUGAUUAUGGCAGCGCCUUUAGCAAUGACGGAACCUCAUCUACCUACUUCAAGAACCGCGAUGAAAUGCAAAAUCACCCGAUCACCCAGCCUACACAGGAUGACCUUAAUCAGCAGGGCUUUGCUAACCCGCGCGAUCCAUUCACUGGUAGAGUAUAUGCUUGAGUCACUCUCAGCGAGGAGCCCUAGGGAGGACCUUGAUGUACCCGCAAACAAGGAAGCUUAAAUCCCCCCUCCCAGCGAGAAAGACGUCCUACGUUUCUUAUUUCACGUUUUUUAUGAACAUAAGUGGACAUUCUCUGUCCUUAUCCGCAUCAUUUUACCUACAUCUUUAAGCACCUAUCCAUUCAAGCAUCAUUUCCGCAAUUUCAUGAUCGCUUAAUUUAUAUUCACGAAGAAAAUUUAUUUUGGAAAAAUAUCGAAAAUAAAGUUCUUCAUUUCAAA